CAGGAGAUGGUGUUUUAAAAGAAGCAAUUGACGCAAUAAACAACCUUGAAAAAACUGCACAGUACAUUCAGAAUAAUACAGAUAAGUUGUUUGACGUCAUUGUUGACGAUGUGACGUACACAGUUAAAGACGGAAGUCUUAAAUUUAUGGCUGGAGUCAUGUGCAAUGGUGGAUUCGUGCCUUAUGGUGGAUUUUGCGUGACAUGUCCGGUGGGCACACAUUCAAUCGAUGACGUGUGUACAUUUUGUGAAAAGGGACAAUACCAGUCUGACGCAGGACAGACGUCAUGUAUACCAUGCCCCAGUGGACAGACGACAAAUACAAUAGGUUCAACAGAUAGCACUCAGUGUAUAGAAAAUAGAACAACACAACCGGAUCCGGGCAAGAUCCCAGGCGGUGGUGAGGACACAAUCAAUGUAAUGAUGUUAGCGAGUGUUGUGUCUGUGUUGGCCUUAGUUGUUGCUAUCGCUGCAGUAUGUGUCGUCUGCUACAAAAAAAUCAGCUCGAAGUCAUCGGUAGCUGGCCCAUCAAUAAAUCUAAGACCUUCAACAGCUCGAACGAGGUUUAUUCGAAAUGGUCGCCGGACUCCAGUCGUACCUCCAAUAUCAGAAUGUCAUCGAAGCGACACUAUAAGAAUAUAUGACGACAUUAGAUCGUCAGAAUCAUAUUACGCCAGAAUUCUGUCUUAUGACAGCAUGUAUUUAACGCCUGGUAGUACGUGUAUGAGAUGUUCUGACCCUCCACCACCUUACGAUCUAGUUCCAGCACAAUAUACAGACAAAGAAUAUAAUGAUGUAGAUAACACAUAUGCUGUGAUUGAUGACAACAUUUCAACAGCUGAGAAGAUUUAAAGAAGAAUUAGAAUAUCAUAUAUAACAUGGUGUCGGACAAUCAUUUAUCGAAAUUUUUAAAUACCUAAAUAUGUUCUUCAUACUAAUAGAAAACGCAGUAAUUAUCAAUAUAUACAAAAACAAACAUAUAACAUACCCGGGUUAACAACUUUUUGACACUGUCAACCAAGAAUAUUUUAUGUACUUGUGUACAGUCACGUAGAAUCUAAUUGAAACUUUUCAACGUGUAAAUCUUACCAAAAAUAUAUAAUCCAUAAAUUUAUCAUAGUUCACAUAUAUUUAACAUUUGAAAACUUUAAAAACAUGUGAUAACCAUGCGUACAACAUAUGUUUUUGUUAACAUAUUGUUUUGUAUAUGGUCCUGAUUUAAUAUGCAAUUAUUGACUGAGGCGAUAGCCGAGGUCAAUAUGACCGUCUGCCGGUAAAUAUCACAUUGUAUUCAAUGGCUCACCAGUCAAUUACUGUUUUAUUAUAUAAAUUGGUUAUAAGAAUUUUUAAAAAAUCACAGAAAGUACAACUUUAGUCUUUAUACAUAUACAACUUUUGCCUGUUUCGUUGAAGCGCAGGAAAAAGACGCACGUGUCAGGCGUGCAACAACUACCGAACGCUGCGCAUACAAAAGUAAUUCAAGUUAAGUAAUGAUAUUUUAAUUGAGACAAAUACAAUAUAGAACGAAACGCAACAAUUAGAUUUUAAUAAGCACCCGUAAUUAACAGUCUACGAUAUAUAGUCAUUGAAUAUGAGCCUCAAUCUAUUUUUAAACUGGGAAACGUGAAUAUGAUACUACACCCAGUGAAUAUGAUUCUAUAAAAAGUUCUGUUGACUACUUUUUAGACCAAUGAGAUUGCAGCUAUAUUUAGAUUUUCCCAGCUAAAUUAGAUUGAUGCUUAAAUAACUGUUGUGGUAUAUUUCUCUACGUUACAAUUAUAGUUAAAAGUUACACCGCAAUGAUGAGUAUAAACAUGAAUUACUUUUGUAUGCGCAGCGUUCGCUUAGCUGUUGCACGCCUUACACUGCAUCCUUUUUUCCCGCGCUUCAACGAAACAGGCUAAAGUUGUACAUGUAUAAAGUUGUACUUUCUGUGAUAUAUUUUUUAAUUCUUAUAGUCUAUUCAUAUAAUAAAACAAUUAUUGACUAGUUUGCCAUUGAAUAUGAUGGUGAUAUUCACCGGCAGAAAGUCAUAUUGACCGGUCAAUAUGUCAUCUGCCGGUGUAUACCUAUUCACCUGUUGCAUAAAUUAUCCGUGACAUCAAUGCUUCUUUUCAGAAUUGUUUUAAAUGAUUUGUUGGAAAUAAGAUAAUAUAUUGAUUUACAGUAGUAUA